AUGGUUGCGUACACUGAUUUCUUAACCAACGAUAAGUUGGAUAACUACGAAGAUCCUGUCAAGUUCAGUGAGUACUUGCCAAAGUUGGAGGCGUACAGAAAAAAGUUGGUGGAGAACAUUUUGCCCGAGUACUCGACUGAAUUACCUGCAUCUACUUCGGAAUUGGCCGAUCAACAAUUCAAUGCCGUCAAGUACUUGAGGGAAAAGAAACUCUUGUCUCCUCAGGAGUUUGAAAUUACUGAUUCCUCGGCUUCUUCCAUUGUCAAAAAAAUUGCGCUGGGUGAAUGGACGUCUGUGGAUGUUUUCAAAGCCUUUGCCAAAAGAGCCACAAUUGCCCAUCAAUUUACCAAUUGUGCCUUGGAUCUCUUCCCACAAGAAGGUUUAGAAAGAGCUCAAUACUUGGAUGAGUACUUCACCAAGAACGGAAAGACUAUUGGACCAUUGCACGGUCUCCCUGUAUCCUUGAAGGAACAGAUUGACUACAAAGGCAAGAUUACUCAUGCUAGUUAUGUGUCGAUGAUUGAUAAUAUUCCAGAAAAGCACGGUGUCACUGCUCAAGUCUUGGAAGACUUGGGCGCCGUUUUCUUUGUCAGAACCAACCAGCCUCAGACCAUGAUGCACUUGUGCUCAAAUAAUAACUUUAUUGGCAUUACGAAGUGUCCUUACAACUUGGCGUUGACCGCCGGAGGCUCUUCUUCUGGAGAAGGUGCUAUUGUUUCCUUUGGUGGAACUCCAUGUGGUAUUGGUUCCGACAUUGGUGGUUCCAUUCGUGGCCCAGCAGCAUUUUCGGGCUGUUUUGGUUUACGUCCAACCACCAAUAGAAUUUCCAAGAACGGUGGUGUUUCUGGUGGUGCGGGUCAGGAAUCUGUACCAGCAGUGGAAGGCCCCUUGACCAGAUCUGUCGAUGAUAUUGACUUGCUUAUGGACGCUUACAUCAAUCACGGAAAACCAUGGACUACGGACUGUACCUUGGUUCCGCUUCCAUGGAGAAGUGUCGAAAAGCCAAAACCAGAGUCCUUGAAAGUGGCGAUCAUGUACGACGAUGGCAUUGUUAAGCCAACACCACCAAUUGCUAGAGGAUUGAAGGAAAUUGAGAAGAAGUUGAAAGAGGCAGGUGUGACUGUGGUGGAAUUCAAGCCUAUUGACACUGUUUUGGCCCGUGAAACUGUCCACAAGAUGUACAACUGUGAUGGAAACUACAUGCAAAGAAAGAUGUUGUCUGCCUCGGGAGAGCCAUUAUGCAAAUUGACCAAAUGGUCGAUGAACUUUGGAGACGGUUCCAAGAUGUACAAUGUGGCUGAGAACAGACAAUUGAACAUCAUUAGAGAUCAAUUGAAGCAUGCUUACGCCCAGUGGAUGAAUGAGAACAAGGUGGAUUUCCUCAUCAGCCCAACUUACAGCAAUGUUGCUCCAAGACCAGAAGAAAUUUACAAUUGGUCUUACACCUCCUUGUUCAACAUUCUUGACUAUCCAACUUUGACUAUUCAGACAGGUUUGUUUCAAGACCCAGAAUUGGACAAGUGGGAUGAAUCGCAUGCAUCUUAUAAGUACAGAUCACCAUUGGAAGAGCUUGAGCUUCUGAAUUACGAUCCUUCCAAGUUUGUUGGUGCCCCUAUUGGUUUCCAACUCACAGGAAGAAGAUUUGAGGACGAGAAGGUUGUUGCUGCAGGAAAGACCUUGGUUGAUGUUUUGGGUGUUGACUUGUUCAACUUGUAUAAGUAA